AUGAUUUACGAGAAAUCAUCAUAUAUUUCUUCCUCAAAAUAUAAUAGCCCUAGAUAAGAUUACAUGGAGAAUAUUUUGUAAAAAUAAAAUUCUAAUUAAAAAAGUGAUAAUAAUAGUGAUCGAAAUAGUGCAAAUGAUUUAAGAAAAAUUGGGGGGGGGACAAAACAAAAAAAAAAGCACAGAAGGCAUAGCAGAAUUUUAGAUGAUGAUAAUUUUCAAAAAGAGAAACGUGUCUUCAAAUAAAGUUUGUAAAAGCUAUAUGAAGAAUCGUUUGUAAAAAAUAUUAUAGAGAACUCAUAUAUAAAAAAAAUAGGGUCAUUAAGUACUUAUCAAGUUUAGGUACUUGAUGAUCUUUAAUUCGGAACUGAUAAAUAAAUAGAUGAUAUUGAUAAUGUAUUUUACAGCUUCUUCUCUAGUUAUUUAGAUAAAAUUUCUGUAAUUUACCCUUAAAGCAAUUUUAAAAUAUUUUGGAAUACUGUUUAAGUGUCAACUUUCAUUUUAAUAUUCUUUUGGUUACCAUAUAAAUUAGCAUUUGAAACAAAUUAUAUUUCAUAAUUUUAUGAUGUUGAUAAAAAUAUGCAUAUAGAAAUAUCAUUAUUUACUAUAUGUGCAUUUGAUAUAAUUAUUUGUUUGAAUGAAGCAUACAUACAUAAGGGUAUUAUUAUAAAGUAAUAAUAAAUAAAAUAUUUAAGUUAGAGAUAUCAUAUAAUUAUGAAUUAUUUGAAAACCACAGCUUUAGGGGAUAUGAUAAGUAUUUGUGCAUUACUUUAUGAAUUAAUAAUAGUGCAUUAUUAUGAAAACUAGUUUAUAUCAUUAUAAAUAAUAUUGUGCCUAAUUUUUGGUUUGAUAAAAACCAUUAAGAUGAAAUAAAUUUUUAAUUAGAUUUAAGAAUACUUUAAUAUUAAGGGUGCAUUAAAAGAUUGUUUAUAAAUGACCCAAAUAAUAUGUGGAUUGUUAUAUUUUAUACAUUUAACAGCUUGUGUUUGGCAUGGAUUAGGAUAACCAACAAAUAAAUAUACUUGGUUAGAUAUAAAUAAAUUAAGGGGUGCAAAUGAUAGUCUAAGAUAUGCAGAAUCAUUACAUUGGGCUGCUAUUUAUCUUACAAAUGUAGGUUCAACAGAGAUUAAAAUAGCAAACACUGAUGAGAAAUAUUUUGCUGUAGUAAUUUCAUUUUUAUCUUUAUUUAUAAUGGGUAUUAUUGUAGUGUCUUUGGGUUUCUUUUUUCAUAAAUCUUAAAGAAACUAAAUUUAUUCAGAAUCAAUGAAAUUAAUGAAUAAUUUUAUGUCAAUGAAUAAAAUUGAUUUCAAUUUGUAAGUUAGAAUUAGGAAUUAUUUAGAUUAUAUUUGCAAAGUAAUUUAAUUUAAAGUUAAGUUAGGCAGAAUAAUCAAUGAUUGAUGAAAAUGUGUCAAACAUUGUAAAUAAAUUAUCAGAAAGAUUAUAAGCAGAACUAAAAUAUUAAUUGAGAGCAUCUAUUUUAGAAUCAUGUGAUUUUAUUAAAAAGAACUUUUCAUUGAAAUUUUAAUAAGCUUUAGUUCCAUUUAUGGAAGAAAUAAAUACUAUACCAGAAGAGAGGAUAGUUGAGAUGAAUAAUAUUGAUGAUUGUUCAAUCUAUAUUAUUAAUAAGGGAGAAAUGGAAGUUGUUUUUGAAGCAAAAAAUAAGAUGAAUGUUAAAUUAAAGAGAAACAAUAUUAAAAUUUUAGAAGUAUUUAUAGAUUUUUUGAUUUAGAGAAAGGAGAAUAUUUUGGCUUUUAUAGUUUCAUUACAAAUCAACCUAGAACUGCCACAAUUGUUUCUAAAGGUUUUGGAAAAUUGUUUAAGAUAUCUAGAGAUAAUUUUGUGAAUCUUUUAGAUCAGUUUCCAGAUGAAAGGGAAAUCUUUUACAUGAUUAAAGAUAAAGUGAUAAUUAAUCAAGAUUUAUCGGAUUUGCAAAUUAAAUGUUAUGGUUGUAAAUCCAAUUCUCAUAUGGUUAAUUUUUGUCCAAUUUUACAUUUUAAUCCAAAUUAAGAUAGAGUCAUUAAAUAAUCUCUUUAUCCCCAUUAAUAAGAAAGAGAUGAUCCUUAUUAGUAAAUAUUAAUUUAUAAGCUUAAGGCCGAGAAAAUCGAAAUUUAUUAAUGCUUUAUUACAAUAAUAAAUAAUUGAAUAAAUAGCUAAGGAAUACUAAAUGCAAAUGAUCCAAGAAGAAACUUAAGAAGGUACAUAAGCAACACAUGUCCUUUUAUAAGAUGAUCCAUCGGAUACAGACAGUCGAAGUAUUAUAUGUGAUUAAGUUUAGCAUAUUCAUAGAUGAGAACUAGAUCUGUUUCUAGAGUUAAUACUCACUCAAUUCUAUCUAUGCAAUAAUAAUCAUCUAAUUAUAAAAUUAGUUAACCUCAUAUGCCUUAAUAAAUGAUAACUCAAUAAGGAAACCAUCUACCAUAAGUUGAUGAAGAUGAGGUUGAAAUGAUAGAAGAUUAAGAAGUCUAAGAAGCUUAAGAAGCCUAUCCUAAUUUUGAUGAAUAAAUGAAUAAUAGAAAAGAAUUUAAUAGAAAAAAUGAUCCUAAACAUACUGUAGAAACUGCAGGUUUUGGUAAUAAAUUUAACAAAUCUUCAAAUAUUGAUUAAGAAAGUGAAAAUUCUAUUGAAUCAGAGGAUGAUGAUGAAUACCAAGAAGAGUCUAGUGGCUAACCAUAAUAAUAAAUGGGUAAAUCCCUUUCUAAAGAUUCAUAAAGCCCAUAAAAUUCAGUAAAUCAAACAAGAAAUAUCUAAUAAAUGGCAUAGAAAGUUACCUUUAUUAAUCAAUCUUCUACCCAAUAACCAACAAAUGGUACUUAACCUAAUGUUAGAGCAAGAACUUCAAUUAAAAGAGCUACUACUAGAACAAAUAAUACAGCUGUUAUUUUUGAUAAUGUUUUAGCAGCACUCUAAGAAAAUUAAAAUUUAAUCAUUUAAUUUGUAAUACUUUAUUUAUAUAUAAGCCUAUCAUUACAUUUCCAUCUCUUGGUGAUUUUGAUAAGAUUAUGACUUUUAGAAAAUACUUUCCUUAGCAUAAUAUUUCUGCUGUUUUGAAACUAGUUGAAAGAUAUCAAAAACAAAUUGAACAUUUUCCAAUUUUCUCCCUUUAUACUUUUCUCUAUACAGCUAUCUGUAGAGGAAAAGAAUUAAGAAAAAAGGCAGAAUUAGCUAAAUAAUAGUAAAAAUAAGUGUUAUACUUACCAAAACCUAUCAAUAAACCUUAAAAAUAUUUUAAGUAUUAUUUUUCUAUAAACUCAUAGGAGAUAGAUUACUUAAAAGUAAGUUUGAUUUUUAUAACUUAAAUACAAUUUACAGUUAUUAUUUUUUAUAAACAUUAUUUUCUUUUGAAUUCGAAUUAUUACAGUUCAAAAAAUUGCAUGGAUAUCACUUAAAAGUUUUUGAGUAUUAAUACUGCUAAAAUAAACAUUAAAACUAACAUUGAAAGACCAAUUGAUACUUUUAAUAGAUCUUCAUAUCAUAUUGUAAAUUAUUAUUUACAUUACAUAAGCAUAAUAUGACAACAACCAUACUUUAAUUUAUGAAUAUUUAGAAAGAUAAAUAUACUGCUAUAACUCAUUUAUCAGGCCAUCCUUUUUCAGAUAAAGAAAGAGAUGAAUUUGAUCAACAAGUUUCUAUUUAAAUUACAAAUUGCUCCUUAAAAAUUAAAGAACUUUAAUAAAUGCAAUACAAUUCUAAAACUAAAACGUAAAUAACAAUAGUUAUUUAGUGAAUAUGCUCAUAAAGAAUUAAUAAUCAGUUGUCUAAUAUCUAAAUUAAAUAAAAUUAUAUUACUUUCUAGAAAAUUUAAAUAUUAUAGAUAAAAAUAAAAACCUAAAUUAUUGUAAUUUCCAAAAAGGUCAAAAUCAUAAAUUGAUAAAAAGUAUAUGAUUGAAUUUAAAACUUAAAAUAUCUUACCUCUAUAAAAUAGUUAAAAAAAAUCUGAUUACUCUUCAUAUUAGAAUCUAUAAACUCAAUAGAAUUCUUCAUAUUAAAAUUUAUAAACUCAAUAGAACACUUCACCUUAGAAUCUAUAAGCUCAAUAGAAAUAUCAGAGUGAUAUUAAUGAUAUAAUUAUCAUCAAAGAAUAAAUAAGUGACAUUUGCUUAUUUAUAUAGAAUAUGCAAAAUUUAAUUUCUCAUUAAGAGAUGAAAACUGAAGAAAUAUUGAUAAAUGCCACAGAGAGUUUUAAACAAAUUGAAACAGCUAAUAACCAUCUUUUUAAUUCAGUUAUUUUAAAUGAAAAUUUUGGCUCACAAAUCGGAUCAUUCUUCUUUUUUAUGGGAAUAAUUCUACUAAUAUAUGAUUUUAUACAUGCUUGA